AUGCUGCUGCACGGGUGCUCUCCUUCCCCCUUGCUGCCCUCUGUUGCCUCUGCUGCUGCUGCCGACCUGCUUGGUCUUGAGUCGGUCGGCGCGGCGUCUGCCCCUAGUGGGAGACGUCGCUCUAGCAAGGGCAAGGGGGGCAAGGGCGCGGGUGGAGCUGGAGGGAGCGGUGGAGGUGGCGGUGGAGGCGGCGGAGGGAGUGGGGGUGGCGGCGGGAGUGGUGGCGGGGGUGGUGGUGGUGGUGGCAGCAGCGGCGGAGGAGGCAGUAGCGGCGGCGGCGGUGGUGGUGGUGGCAGCGGCGGGGGUGGAGGCGGCGGAGGAGGCAGCGGAGGAGGCGGCGGAGGAGGCGGUGGUGGUGGAGGGGGUGGAGCUGGUAGGGGUGGUACCCAGCAACGGAGCGGAGGCGGUGGUGGCCAGCGCUCGCAGCAGCAGCAGUAG